AUGUCCAUUAUGUCAGCGAAAAGACAUGAGGAGAAUGGAGUUCAUCUCGUAACUAGAAGAGGAAGUAUAGCUCUCACUUUCCAGGCAAAUUUAGCGGCUAUUGGAUCGUCUGUAGAUUCACUCCAGGUUGUCGGCUCCGCAAGAAGACGAUUGAGCAACGUCGGUGGGGCUGUUUCGAGGAGAAUAUCACACACUAUUGGAUGGAGAUCUGUAUCUGCUUCACUCGAACUUAUUGUCGCGCAGGGCUCUUCAUUAUGUGGCCAGUACAUAAGAAAUCGCCUCAAGCGUUCGGGAAUAUUCCAACGAAAGCUCGGACUAAAGCGAGUGACUGCACUGUCUGCCGCUUGCUCUACCAUAAUCACUGAAGUCUAUCCCGAAUUAAUCGCAAUCGGAGUUGAGCUUGAGAAAAUGCAUCCCCAUCUAUUCACAAGGAUAGCUAGACAAGUGGGCUGUGGGGGUUUUUCUUGCGAGCAAACUGCCAUUGAGGCUCUGCACGAUGUUGCGAGGGAAAUUCUGAGAUACGGAGAAAUGACUUGGAGUAAAAUAAUAGCACUGUAUGCAGUAGCCGGCGCUAUCGCUGUUGAUUGUGUUCGACAAGAUCGACCGCAGUUCAUUGCUUCGAUUCAAAGGGCCAUGACCGAGAUCCUCGAAGAGGAUUUGGCCAGUUGGAUUCACGCCAAUGGUGGCUGGGGCACAUUAGCAACGAAAUAUCGGCCCCCAACUGAGAAGCAAACAUGGCAAGAACGUAACUUUGUGAUUCUUUUAGUGAUUUGUACUUUAUUCGUGGGACUCAUUGCAAUUAUUUUAAGGUUCCUAAUAAGUUGAUGGACUGUGAACAAUAGAUUUUAUAGUAUAAUACAAUUGACAGUGGUAACACAACACAUUUAUUGAUGUAACAAAUUGAAAAAUUAUCUCAUUAUCUCAUUGGGAUUGCAUCAUCGAUAAAAAACUCACCAUACUCCAUAUAAUUUUCGGCAGUGCGCUGCCUUGAAUGAUUGAGAUGGAUAAGAAUAUUUACAAUAAUGAGAAUCUAUUUUUUCCAAACUUCCUCUCUCUAGAAAACUGUGGUUUCGUCUAUCAAUUCAUCCAUUUCCAAUUGCUCCUUUUCUUUCUUCAUCACUUCCGGCGACUGAAAAAAAACAUUGUUACCAAUUCACUCAUAAUCAAACAUUUUUUUAUUUAUAAAAAUAUUGUAGGGAAAUAUUCAGCUCUUUAAAAGACUUUUGAUUGUAUAAUUAAUUUUUAGAAAAUUCGCGCCUGGUCGUACCUCACUUAUGAUUAAAAAUAAAAUUGGAUUAUCAGAAUAAAAAAAAGAAUCAAAACAUAA